CGAAUCUCGUUAAAACGCGCACACAGUCGAUUGUUUACGUUUAGACAAGACAGGUGGACGACAAUUUUGAAAACACGCGGGCAAAUCGUUGUGGCCAAAAAAAAAACACAUUUCUCUUAUUGUUUCAAAUAUUGCGUGUUUUAAUUGUGAUUUCGUCAACAGAAAUCAAAAGUCACAAAAAUCAACAAAAAUAAUAUUCGCAAGCUCCACCAUCAGCAUCUUGGGGAAGCAAAAGACGCCCGCCAACAACAACAACAGCUUCCUCCGAUUGUUGUUUUGUGUCUCUCUGUGUGUGUGCGUGUCGGCGUCGAUGCUGCGAAACGUGAAAUGCAAAUUAUUGCAAUAGCAACAAACAACAAUCACUGCAACAACAACGAAAACAAAACGGUUUCGCGUGUGCUGGAAAAAUAUUGCAUUUGCAACAACAGCAACAACAAGCAGAACAGCGUGUGAGAGGGAGACACGAAAAUAUUGCGCGCCAAAAGCGAGAGAAGUAUUACACAAAAACAAUAAAAACACAGAGAAGACCAAUAGGGUAAAGCAACAACCAACAACAGGCAAUAAAGACGAAGAGAAGCUGUGCAGAAGGAGAACCUGAAAAGAAGAAAAACGCAGAAGCUGAGCAGAGCCCUGGAGCAGCGAGGUUAAGGAAAAAGCAGAAUCUGGAAGCAGAAGCUGCGAAAAAAAAAACAGCUACAAACAGCGGGAAGUUGGAGCAGGACAGCAUCAGAAGCAGCUGAGAGGACAAACAGCCACAACAAAAACGGGAAAACAAAUCAAAACAUCAGCAAGAGAGAGCGCAGGAAUUCCAUUCGAGUAUCUCUCCCUUCCACCCAUCGCAAUUUAUUUUAUCCACCAGAGCACAAAAGGGAGGCGGAGAGGAGCCAAACACUUGAAGCAUUUGGGCUCUGUGAUACCGCAUUCAGGCACAGUUCGGCGGAGUCAGAGAACGAGGCCGGAACGACAAUGAUGUCGAUGAGCAGCUCCCCACCGGCUACGCCAACGGGCGUACAGACCGACUCCGAGGGCCUUAUAUUGCCCAAAAAGCUGAUCAAUCCCUGCAUUGAGAACACCGAUCGCAAGGAGCUGCAUCGAGAGCUGAAAUUCAAUGCCAGAAUUGGCAAGAGUGUGCUCAACCAGAAAUCGGAACUCCAGCGUGCCUACGACAAGCAGAAGGAGCGCCAUGCGGCCGCCGAGCAUCAUUCCCCCGAUGCGGAGCUGGUGGGCGGCAUACCCGGCCUCAAGGGAGAGCUAGGACGGGUCAUUUUGGAGCGGGCCCAGAAGCAUGAGGCGGCGGCUCAGAAGCAGGAUGCCGAUGAGGCCGAGGAUCGGCAGUAUGUUAAUCCCGAAUAUCUGAAUGUACGCGCCAAACUGCGCACGGCGAAUGGACCCAACUAGAGGAUGCCCCUCUUGACCCCCGACUCAUCAUAAUUAAUUUGUAAAGAGAGAGAUGUAACCAAAUUGGAACGUAAUAAGUUUAAAUGUGUUGACUUUGUGAACUGUUUUCAUUUUGAUAUUAUGCAAAACUAGUUGUAUCGUUUAAACCUAGACCUAAGCCAUUGACUUUACUUUACUUUACUCUAGUGUUAGCUACUAAUUUUAGUUAUCGUUUAUUGGACUAAUUUCUCCCCCCCCCUUAAUUUCGAUGUGUGUGUAUAAACCAUUUGUAUAAAGUUUUCGUUUCUUAAAGAAGUCUAUUCUUCCAAAAAAAAAAAACAAAACAAAGCAAACAAACAAAUAUGUAUCUAGUGUAGUUAUAUGUGAACGUAUAUGAUGUAUCUAUAUCUAUAUCUAUAUACUAGUGAGAUCGAGAUAGUGCUGUAAACAGGGCAAAACGUGUUAGAUCGUAAGACAGAGAUAGAGACCGACCCGGGAAGAAUGAUAUUGAUCUAUAUAGAACAAAAAACUAUUUUAUGUCAAAAAAAAAAAAAUACAGAACAAGCAAAGAAAAAUUUGAUUACAGAUUACAGAACUAUAUACAAUAUAUAUCUAUAUACAAA